AUGUUUAAAAGACUAAAAGGAGUGUUUUCCAGAACAAAAUUAUCACCUGAGCAAUCAGACAGUGAAAAUGAAGGCAUUCCUCCACCAUCCAAGCCGUCUACAGACCAGGGUGAAAAUACAAAAAAAGAUGACCCACAGAAAACUGAGGCCAAUAAGAAGGCAGAGCCUUCACCAAAGGAUCAAGAGGGAGUUCCAGAAAAAGCAGCCAAGUCUUCACAAACUUCACAAACUGAAAAAUCAACCGAACCAGCUAAGGCAACUCAGCAAGAGCAGCAUCAGCUCAAUAAUCGGAAAGAAGAUGCCAAAACACAGAACACAACGUCCCAAGGAUUCCAAACAAAUGAAUAUGCUGAUGCCCAGCUUCAGGAGAUUGUCAGAAAAAUGCGGGAAAGGACCACAGCCUAUAAGGAAAAGCUAAAAGACCCCGUGUUGUCCUCCCCUGAAGGCAGUCCUACAGCUUGUCCCAUGGUAAAAGAAGCAGAAGCAAAGCCAGAAGAGGAUCACUACUGUGAUAUGCUGUGCUGUAAAUUCAAAAAACCUCCACUGAAAAAGUACAUGACCUAUCUAAAGCUACCAGACAGCAUAGAUUCAUACACAGAUCGCCGUUACGUAGCAUGGCUCAUGCUUGUGACAGUGGCCUAUAAUUGGAAUUGUUGGUUUAUCCCCCUUCGCUGUGUGUUUCCAUAUCAAACUCCAAGUAAUACAAUAUACUGGUUUGCUGUAGACAUCAUCUGUGAUAUCUGCUACCUGUGUGACCUGCUGGUUUUCCAGCCCCGAGUGCAAUUUUUAAGAGGUGGAGAUAUAAUAGUAAACAAAGUGGAAAUGAAGAAAUUCUAUCACAGCACUGUAAAGUUUCGGCUCGAUUUGAUAUCAGUAUUGCCAUUUGACGUUUUAUACUUUUUCUUUGGAUUCAACCCAGCAUUUAGAGUAAACAGGAUGCUAAAGCAUAACACAUUCUUUGAGUUCAAUGAUCGUUUGGAAGCUAUCCUGGACAAAGCAUAUAUCUACAGGGUCAUUCGAACCACUGGAUACUUGCUGUUUAUCUUGCACAUUAAUGCAUGCUUGUAUUAUUGGGCUUCAGACUAUGAAGGACUUGGCAGUACCAGAUGGGUGUACGAUGGCCAGGGAAACAUGUACCUGAGGUGUUACUACUGGGCAGUUCGUACUUUAAUCACCAUCGGUGGCCUUCCAGAGCCACAAACAUUGUUCGAGAUAGUCUUUCAACUGCUGAAUUUUUUCUUGGGUGUCUUUGUCUUCUCCAGCUUAAUUGGUCAGAUGAGAGAUGUAAUUGGAGCAGCUACAGCAGGACAGAACUACUACCGUUCCAGCAUGGAUAACACCGUCUCCUAUAUGAACACAUACUCAAUUCCAAAACUGGUUCAAAAUCGUGUUCGAACCUGGUAUGAAUACACAUGGGACUCUCAGGGAAUGCUGGAUGAAUCAGAAUUACUGGAGCAGAUGCCAACCAAAAUGCAAUUAGCCAUUGCAAUUGAUGUGAACUUUGCCAUUGUCAAUAAAGUUGACCUAUUCAAAGGGUGUGAUACUCAGAUGAUAUACGACAUGCUGCUAAGGUUGAAAUCCAUUGUGUAUUUACCUGGUGAUUUUGUCUGCAAAAAGGGAGAAAUUGGCAGAGAGAUGUAUAUCAUCAAACAAGGUGAAGUUCAAGUCCUUGGAGGCCCUGAUGGCACAAAAGUCCUGGUUACACUACGAGCAGGAGCUGUAUUUGGGGAGAUCAGCCUAUUAGCCGCAGGUGGAGGAAAUCGAAGGACUGCCAACGUGGUGGCUCAUGGUUUUGCCAACCUUUUCAUUCUAGACAAGAAAACACUCAAUGAAAUCUUGGUGCACUACCCUGACUCUGAAAAACUUCUGAUGAAGAAAGCGAAGGUGUUGCUGAAAGAGAAGGGGAAACCUCCUCCUGGACCACCAGUGCAGCAGCCCCGGGGCUUGGCCAGUUUGUUUGGGCAGAAACAGGAAACUCCAAAACUGUUUAAAGCGAUGUUUGGAGCUAAAGGAAAAGGAGGCCUUGCUAAGCUGCUGCAGCUGAAGAGAGAACAAGACAUUCAGGUAAUGUCACAGAUAACAGAUUCUGUCAAGUGCUGGAUAGAGAAGUAGGAAAUAUACUGGGA